AUGUUACGCAUAAAUAUAUUCCUGCUAAUAUCUGUGUUCUUCAAUUUAGCUCUCAGCUUCAAUAUCGAUAAGAAUGCAAUAAGCAAAAAUGAAGACAACGGAGCAAUUCCAGAAUAUCAUGGCCAGUAUAAAGGUAUUAAUAUUGGUGGUUGGUUGGUGACCGAACCUUACAUCACUCCAUCACUAUACAAGGACGCAAUUGCUCUGGCAAAGAAAAAGGGAUCAAAAGUAACUAUUAUUGACGAAUACACUUUAUGCGAAGCAUUAGGACACGAUGAUACUAAGGAAUUAUUAGAAACUCAUUUCAAAACCUGGAUUACUGAAGAUGACUUCAAGAAGAUUAGCGAUGAAGGUUUCAAUUAUGUCAAGAUUCCAAUUGGGUUUUGGGCGUGGAAGAUUGACAAUGAAACUAAUUUAUACCCUGGUAACAUAACGCAUAAUGACGCAUAUAUAAAUUCAAACCAGAAAAAGUACUUAGAUAAAGCCUUAGAGUGGGCAUUAAAAUAUAAUUUGAAGGUUGUAGUUGAGUUGUAUGCGGUGCAUAAUUCAGGAAACUACUUCAACAUUUAUGACGACUUAGAAGAUACAUAUUGGGAAGAGGGAAAUAUCAUGGAUGUUACUUCCGAGAUUCUUAAGAAUUAUUUUGAUUAUAUGUUAAAACUAGAUUCUCCAUCUUCUCUUUCUGGUCUAGAGGUAUUGUUUGCCCCCAUUUCAGAUUAUUUUAAUGAUGAAUUAGAUUUGACUGGAUUCUACGCUAAUUUAUUUGCGUCUUAUCAGACUACAAAGAACGACCUAGAAAAUCCAAACCCAAAUGUAACCUUUAUGAUACAACAAAAGGGUGGAUUUUUAUCUGUUUCAGAAAAUAAAUUAAACCUAGCACUGCAUGAUAGGACUAGUCCUUACUAUAAAGGUGAAAAUUAUACAUCUGACUCGAAUUUAGUAGAAGAAGAUAUAGAAUUUUUUAACUGUUUCGAUUCCUAUAAUUUCCACAAUACAACUUGGCCUAAUAUCCCUGAUUCUAUUCUAAGACAAUCUAGAUAUCUGAGCCAAGAUCGUGGUUUCCAAAUUUAUUUUGCUGGUAGAUGGAGUGCUGCAUUAACUGAUUGUGCAACAUGGUUAAACGGUAUUAGAUUGGGAGCGGUUUUCGAUAAUACGUUAUAUCCUCCCUCUUACAAGUCAGGCGGAAAAGGCAAUAUAUCCGAUUAUGGAACUGGUUAUGGAACCUGUGUGUCUCAAAACCCAAUAGAUCAAUGGCCUGAAGAGUACAAGAUUCAAACUAGGAAAUAUAUAGAAGCUCAGUUGCUAAGCUUCUCUACUUAUACCAAAGGCUGGUUCUUCUGGAACUGGAAAACCGAAAGUGCACCUGAAUGGGAUUACCAAAAGUUGAGGAAGCACGAUUUAUUUCCACAUCCAUUUGACAACUAUACGUAUUACGAAGCUAUUGAUGAUUCGAAUUCGUCAGCUUCGAAAAAUGAAACCCCUACAUCAUCAGUUAGAAUGGUAUUUACCACCUCCUCUAGCGCUCGUAGUAGUGUUGUAAGUUCAAACAGAACCACUACUUCGAAAACAUCAAGCGAGACUGAUAGUUCAGGUACCUCCACGCAUAGUGGUAAAACUAGUUCAACCAGCUCCACCAGUUCAACCCAUUCUAACAAUACAAUGGGUUCUCAGAAGAACGGGUCGUAUGCCAUUAAGAGUCCUAGUGUCUUCGCUUCAAUCUUUGCUUGGAGUUUGAUGAUGAUGUGUUUUACUCACGGUAUUGGAUUUCUUGUUUAA